CGCACACAGGCACACCCCCCAGCACCACCUGGCUUGCUAGCCCGUUUCCAGUUCACAGCCUCUUUUCCCUCUCUCUCUCGUCUGUCGUCUCACCGUGAUCCUUUCUUCUUCUUCCUCUUCUUUUUACUUUCUCCUCCUUCCUACAACUUUUAUCACCGGACUGGUCGGAAACCAGCCCAUCAUCAACAACCGCUCUCUAACGCUACGCCAGCUCCAUCAUCGCCCACGCACCGCCCACCGAUACUGCCCUGCAGGGAACGUCACCGCCCUGAGUCAGCCAGCCAGCCAUCUUAUUCAAGUAUACCGUCGUCCAGCCCAGUUUCUGUUCCAGACAGGACGCAGCUUUUCUUACUUGUCGAGUACUUUGUACUUUCUUUGCAUGCUCUUUCACCUGCACACUCCUGACUCUUUGUCUUGCACGGCCGCCGCUACUACCUAUACGGCUUGAUUUAUCCUCGCCUUCUCCGUCGCUACCGCAGACACCAGCACUUCGAGCCCUUUUCGUUUUUUUUCUUCGCUGGUACUGCAGGAUCUCAAGCAAAACUUCGGAAUCGACGACUGCUUUUUUUGUUCAAACAACACCUUAGUAUUGGAUGCUUGUUAAUACAACCCGCCAGGCGUAAUAUCUCUUGCUACAGGUCGUCUAGGAAAGCCCGCAUUCGCCUGUAACGUCUACGCCGAUCACCAGGGCCGCUUCCCAAGGAUCGAUUAUUAUUAUUUUUAAACACCAUUUAUACCCGAGUAUAUUUAGAUAUAUAGCUCACCCUUCUCACAUCAGCCCGACAUGGACGCCUCGAAAACACAAAUGGCUGUAGACGAUGCCACUACUCCCACCAGAGCAAACUUUAGCUCGUCCCCCGUCACAAAGUCGCAAACCUCGCCGCAGUCGACAAACGGCAGUCUGUCCAAGGAAAGCGCUACUUCUCCGAUAAAGGAAGAUGUCGAUAUGGACGACUCAGACGGCGAAAACGCAGGCACCGACGAUGAGGGCGACGACAAGUCUGGCAAGAAGAAGAAGUCGCAGCGUUUCUACUGCACAGACUAUCCGCCCUGCAACCUCAGCUUCACACGAAGUGAACACUUGGCCCGCCAUAUCCGAAAACACACUGGUGAGCGACCUUUUCAGUGCCACUGCUCUCGCCGCUUCUCUCGCUUGGACAACCUACGCCAGCACGCACAGACUGUUCAUGUCAACGAGGAUAUUCCCCUCGACUCGCUAGCUGCCUCCGGAUCCCGCUUCCAGCGCCAAAUUCGAACAGAUCGUGUUCGCCAGGCCGGCAACAGAGCCCGUGCCUCAACGGGCGGAAGUGCCGGCGGCCCCAUGCGUGGCCACUCCAAGUCGCUUUCUACUUCUAGCAUCAACAGUGUCAGCUCUGUCGGCUCUGGCUAUGGUUAUCCUACAGACGACCGCCGCCGUCCUCCUCCUCUGGUUAUGGCGGCAGACGGCCGCUCCCGAUUGUCCACUGAGUCUUAUCCCAGCAACCCCGACAGCAACUACUCAUACCGGCCUCACUCACCUGGCGGCUUCAGCACACCCACAUCGGCCACCUUUUCUACAGCACAGAGCAGCCCUCGCUGGCCGUCAAGCAUGGGAUCGCCUACAUCGUCUCACUCUCGAUCUCACAGCAUGUACUCUGCUGGUGCCCCGUUGUCCGCCCGCCGCCUCAGCGUACCCUCUGGGCACUUCGGACCCGGUCAGCCUGGUCAACCUCGCAUGUCGUUUGGCCCGCCUUUGGUCAACAGCUCCAACGCCGCAGUUUUUUCUCCCACCAAUAGCCACAUGACAUCGCCUUCUUCCUCUACAUCUGGGUGGCACGAGCGCCGAGACUCCUCAUCCAGCCAAGGGCCUGAAGACUGGCGCCGACGCACCUGGCACCCGGAGACGCAGCCUUACGGCCACCAUCAACAGCAGCAGCCGCAGCCACAGCAUGGCGCUCCCAACCCUCCUCCUCCUAUGGUAAACCCUGGAAAUGCGCAGUCUGGCUUCCGUCUUCCUGGUAUCGAGUCGUUCGACCCUAUUGGCCGCCGUCCCGAAUCGCCCACUCGCCGCCAGCCGUCGCCCAUGGCUAUGGACGAAGCACCACCACGCCCGUCUAUGGAGGAACAGCGCCGCAACCUCAACAUGUACGACGCCAGCCUGCAGCGAGGCAUCGGCCGCCUGGACAUUGGUGCCAAGGUCAGCCCUCCACGCGAUAGUGCCAGCAGCUGGGCAUCGGAAGUCAACCGCGCUGUCCAGGCCCAGGCCGACCGCCCAACGGUGCGCUUCGAGGAGCCUCCUCACCAGCCGCGCGAGUACGCACCUGCGCCACCACCAGCCCAUGCCAUGCAUCAGCACACCAUGUCUGCGCCGGCCUUUGAUACAUCUCGCGCAUCCAAGCGUCACGGCUGGUACCGCGGCCCGCCUCCAGCAGCUACCCAGGCACCAGUGGGCGGCCCCGACCCCCGUGCUGCCCGGGUCGAGCGCAUGGUUCAUCCCAACAUUAGCUCCUUCUCCGGCUUCCCUGCCGCCGAAGCCAAGCCCACCUCGCCUCAGGAGGCUGCGCCUAAUCAGGACUCGCUGCGCCGUCUUGAGGCUCUCGUGGCUGUUGCUACCAGCGAGGGCAGCAGCGCUACUGCAACCGCAUACUAAGUAUAAAGCUUUAAGGCUUGCUGCCUCUUUCAUGGGCACUGCAGCUAUGUAUUCGGUACAUCGUUAUCUCUAUUUUUUCUUAUUAUUUUUGCUUUUCCUCGUUUUGGAGUAUAUCUAGGUUUACGACGCAAUGACUGAUACCAUUGCUUUUUGGAACGACUUUGUUGGGACAAUGAGCUUCUUUGGGAGUACAGGAUCUUUUUUCUUCUCUUUCUUCUCUGCACUUUGUCUUGUAAAUGAGCACGUUCUACGGCCGCGGGAUUUGGUAUUAUGUUAUUGUUAUUAUUUUCAUUUUUUGGGUUACAGGAUUUUCCAAGCACUCGCGACUCACGUCUAUAUACGUACGAUAUGAUACCCUGCUUUCGGGAACUUGGGACAGGUUAUGUACACAUGAUUUAAUACACAGCUUUUGCCUCUCUCAUAAU